AUGGCGCAUCACACCAAGCGCUCUCACAACAAUAGACUUGUUGUCAAUGGCACUGCCAUUGUCAACCACCCAUCAUCGACGGGUGUUGCUGAUGCCACGCUUGCCCAACAAACUGCCUCCUUUUCUCACACCCUACUUGCUCACAGAACCAAUUCUUCCUGCAACAAGUCGAAAGCAACAACCACCAACUCUUACAUCAAAACAUCUGCCAAAGCACUUAUUCCUCUUCUAUCUUCCUUGUCCUCAAUAGCUGCUGCUCACACAACCAAUCUCAAAAAGUCCCGACUUUCAUCUGGGCCCCAGACCUUGUCUUCUGCGACCACUAAGUUCCUGUACAAGAGACUCCGCAAGCACGACCGCGCGACCUCCUCCUAUUUUCAGAAAAGAAAGCAGUGGAAGCGCACUCACCGCCGUGUUGCUGUCAGAAUAAUGACUUCUCCUAGCCAACCCGGCCUCCCUGCGGCCUAUGAGCCUUUGUCAGAUGAAGAGACAGUCAACCAGCCCAUUUCAAGCAGCACCAAUUCUUCCAGGAGCACCUCGCCUUCGGAUAGCAGCAGUAGUCGCCAGCAAUCAGAGUCUGUCACCUCAGUGUCUAGCUUUGCGUCUUCGCAAAAGAGUACCGAUGGCAAGUCUGAGAAGGUAGAGGAGAAGGAAAGAGUCAAAACCAAAGUCGAAAUUAAGGUUGAGGCUGCCAGCAUCAGCACUCAAGCCACCGAGGCGGCUGCCAUCACUACCAGCGGCACCAGAACCAACCCGGCCAAGAGAAAACAUGAAGAGACUGAGGAUGACCCGACGCCUCAGCCGAAGAAGGUUGUGAAGUCAAUCAGGCUGGUUAUUAAGAAACCCACUGUCGCUAUCUUGCCGCCGCCCUCUGCGAUAGGCGCCGCCACCGAGGAGCCCCCUCUGAUGUCUGGAGCUCGGGCUAGCCCACCACCUCCCAUGGCAACUGCUGUCGCUAAGCCUACCACCAAAAUCAUCCUCAAGCGGCCUUCUUCCAGCGUUGCCCCCCCAGUCAUGACCCCAGCCGUUGGCAAUAACGGGGAUCACGGGGAAACGGCCAAGCAGAAGAAGUUGGAUAAGGGGAAGCGCAAGCUCAUCGAACAAGAGGAUGAUGAUGACGAAGAGACCAUUCCCCCCUCAAAGAAGGCCAGAUACACCAAAAACACCUACCAGGGUCCAGACAAGCCCUUACCAAAGAUGGAGUAUUUUGAGCGCCGUCGUCACGAAAUGCUUGCUGAUCCUCUUGGGUAUGACGACCUCGUUCGGGACACGAAUAAGCAGCCUGAUGCCUACACCCGAAAGAAGUUCUUGCGAUGGGAGAAACAUUACCGACACCCCAAGCCUGAGAAGUUUGAGAUGAGCGGUGCGCUCAAUCCGCCAGACAUGACUUCUGCACUUGCUGGCACCCCCAAGAAGAAGGGGGGAGAGAGCCUCUCCAGGAAUGCCCGGAAGCGCGCUCAUAGGAAGAGAGCUGAGGAGGAAGCCAAUGCUUUGCGUCGGGAGAAGUCACGGGAAAGGACCACAUCUGGCGGGGAGACAGAGGGCGAGGAGAAGCUCACUGGGAAGGGAAAAGGGGUCGCCAGGAUUGGGCAGGGCAAAGACGCCAGUAUAGGUUAUAACAAGCAACAACAACAGCGCAUGAAGAGCACCGGUAGACAAUACAAUGGCGGUUCAGUUUAUUGA